AUGCCGACGGGCGGCGUAGCGCGGCGCGGCGCUGCCGGCCCGGCCCCGGCCGCUCCGAGCACGGGCCCCGCCGCCUGCCCCGCCGGCUGCGCCUGCGACGGCGAGCUGCUGGGCUGCGGCGCCCUCGCGCUGCCGCGGCUGCCCYGGGAGCUGCCCCGCUGGCCGCGACUCGUAAACCUGAGCCACAACAAGCUGACUGAGAUUGAUCCUUCCUCCUUCGCGGGGCUUUCGAACCUGCAGGAAGUGCGACUGAACAACAACGAGCUGACUGCCAUCCCAUCUUUGGGAGCUGCUGCUUCCCACGUCCUCGCCCUUCACCUGCAUCACAACAGGAUCCGCAGCAUUGAAGCAAGUCAACUGAAGCCCUACGUUUCCCUGGAAACGUUGGACCUGAGUUUCAAUGACAUCACGGAAAUCCGAAACGGCUGCUUUCCGCAGGGACUUCACAUAAAGGAGCUCUACCUGGGGAGCAACAGAAUCAGCACCCUGGAGCCUGGUGCUUUUGAUAGCCUGUCACGGUCCCUGCUAACACUUCGUCUGAGCAAAAACAGGAUCACUCAGCUUCCUGUGAAGGCGUUCAGGCUGCCCAGGCUAACACAGCUGGAGCUGAACCGGAAUCGCAUCCGCCUCAUUGAAGGCCUGACAUUCCAGGGACUGGACAGCUUGGAAGUCCUGAAACUCCAGCGGAACAACAUAAGCAAAUUGACUGAUGGGGCUUUCUGGGGUCUAGCCAAGAUGCAAGAGCUGCACCUGGAGUAUAACAGCCUGACAGAAGUCAACAGUGGGUCUCUCUAUGGCCUUUCCUCUCUUUACCAGCUUCACCUCAGUAACAACUCCAUAUCCCGCAUGGCUGGAUGGAGCUUCUGUCAAAAGCUGCAUGAGUUAAUAUUGUCCUACAACAACCUCACCAGGCUGGACGAGGGGAGCUUGGCGGGCCUCGCGGGGCUGCACGUGCUGCGCCUGAGCCACAACUCCAUCAGCCACAUUGCAGAAGGUGCCUUCAAGGGACUCAAAAACCUGCGCGUCCUGGAUCUGGAUCACAACGAGAUCGCAGGCACAAUAGAAGAUACCAAUGGAGCCUUUACUGGCCUGGAAAGCCUAAGCAAGCUGACUCUGUUUGGAAACAAGAUCAAGUCGGUGGCCAAGAAAGCGUUCUCAGGCCUGGAGGCCCUGGAGCACCUGAACCUCGGCGCUAACGCCAUCCGCUCCGUGCAAGCAGACGCCUUCGCCAAGAUGAGGAGCCUGCGGCAGCUCCACAUAAACAGCGACAGCUUCCUCUGCGACUGCCAGCUGAAGUGGUUGCCCCCGUGGCUAGUUGAGAAGGAGCUGCAGGCCUUCGUGGUGGCCACCUGCGCCCAUCCCGAGGCCCUGAAGGGCAGGAGCAUCUUUGCUGUGUUGCCAGAGAGUUUUGUGUGUGAUGAUUUCCCCAAGCCCCAAAUCAUCAUCCAGCCUGAGACGACGGUGGCAGUGCUYGGGAAGGACAUCCGCUUCACCUGCUCGGCGGCCAGCAGCAGCAGCUCCCCCAUGCUGUUCGCGUGGAAAAAGGACAACGAGGUGCUGCGCAACGCUGAGAUCGAGAACUUCGCRCACGUGCGUGCCAAGGAUGGCGAGGUGAUGGAGUACACGACCAUYCUGCACCUCCGGCACGUCACCUUCACCCACGAGGGGCGUUACCAGUGCGUCAUUACCAACCACUUCGGCUCUACCUACUCCAACAAGGCCCAGCUCACUGUUAAUGUGCUGCCUUCGUUCACCAAAACCCCCCACGACAUCACGAGCCGGACGGGCACGAUGGUGCAGCUGGAGUGCGCGGCCGAGGGGCACCCCCCGCCGCAGAUCGCCUGGCAGAAGGACGGCGGCACCGACUUCCCCGCGGCCCGCGAGCGCCGCAUGCACGUCAUGCCCGACGACGACGUCUUCUUCAUCAUGGACGUCAAGAUAGAGGACAUGGGCGUCUACAGCUGCACGGCGCAGAACUUCGCAGGCUCCGUGCUCGCUAACGCCACCCUCACCGUGCUGGAGACCCCAUCUUUGAUUCACCCCCUGGAAGACCACGUAGUGUCCGUGGGUGAGACGGUGGCCCUGCAGUGCAAAGCCAGAGGGAGCCCAUCUCCCCGCAUCACCUGGCUGAAGGGCGACCAGCCCCUGGUCAUGACUGAAAGGCACCACUUCACCCCUGGCAACCAGCUGCUGAUCGUCAGGAACGUUGUCUUGGAGGACGCCGGGAAAUACACGUGCGAGAUGUCCAACACGGUGGGGACAGAGCGCGCGCACAGCCACGUGAGCAUCUUGCAGUCCCUUGGCUGCAGGAAAGACCGUACCACGGUGGGGAUCAUCACCAUUGCAGUGGUGUGUAGCAUCGUGCUCACCUCUCUGGUCUGGGUCUGCAUCAUCUACCAAACCAGGAAGAAGAGUGAAGAAUACAGUGUCACCAACACAGAUGAGACCAUCGUGCCUCCCGACGUGCCGAGCUACUUGUCUUCCCAAGGGACUCUCUCCGAUCGGCAGGAAACGGUCAUCCGAGUGGAAAACCAACAGCCCAACGGGCACAUAGAGAGCAACGGUAUGUGUCAGCCUGAUGCUGGAAGGUGUCCAGAUGUUGAAGCUCCCACUGUUGGCUGCAGACAGGCCAAGCUGUGUAUGGGCUAUGAUAAAGACACUUGGCAAACUGAAGACAUGGCUGAUGGAAUGCUUGUUCCAGAUAAGACAGGCUGCGUGUGCGCCGAGGGCAGCGGCGGC